AUGUGCGUUCUGCCAGGGGCAUUACUGUCAAUUUUGCAAGAUAUUUCUAGUGGAGGGCCACAAAGAUUGUUGCCAAUGAAGCUCGACUCGUUCAAGCCCCGAAUCUGGGUGCUUUGUGGGAUUCUUCCAGUCAAGUCGUUAUAUGACAAAUUCAGGCUAUUCAAAAAAGACAUGCUUGUGAUGCUACCUGGAAUGUCGCCGGAUAACGAGUUGAUUGAGAAAUCAAGAGUUUCGAGUUGCUUCAUGUUUCCAAUGUUGUCUGGUAUGGAUCCUGUUAAAUUAUUUCUCGACAAGUUCAGUGUUCUGAGUUCCACCAGACUUGUUACCUCACUUGGGAUGGCACCAGAAAGGAUGUUGUUUGAAAGGAAGGUAUUCUCCCGGAAAGCCUAUUAUGAGAGAGAUCCACGAUUUGUAGAGAUGUUAGCUGGCAUAUGGAUGGGUGAAGAAGGUACGUGGCCAGAGAAAUUGUUGCCGUAUAAAUUCAAGGACUCUAAAUUUGUUAGAAAUCCUAUGGAAUCUGGUAUUCUUCCGAAUAAUUCAUUGUUGCCCAAGUUCAACACUACCAAUGAUUGCCACUUGUGGAAACAGUCGGGUAACUCUCCAGACAAGUGGUUUUCCCCGAGAUUAAGAUUUUGCAUUUCAUUAUCGGUUGAUGUGUUGCAUAGAAAUUCUGACAAAUCUCCGGACAAUGAGUUAUUGGAGAAAUCAAGGUCACCCACAUUUUUCCCAAUUCGAGUAAAAGUGCUCAUAAGGUGGAUCACUGAACAAAGGAAUGUUGAAGUCGAGUUGAUUAUACGAAAGCUGGGAACAUUUCCGUGUAUUCCAGUACAUGACAAAUCAAGAUCCGCAAUGUCGUUUUUCUGUGUCUCCAGCCAUAAUGGAAAUCGAGAGCCUGAUGAUCCCAAGUCCCAAGACCCUAGACGAUUGAGUUUGAAUGGUGGAAUCCAAUUGGGAUUCACAUUCAAAGUCAAGUGGUUUCUAGAAGCUUCCAAGUUAAAUAAAUUUGAGAGACUGGCAAAGUGGGCUUCAGUCACCACCCCUUCCAACAUGUUAUCCUCUAUGGAAAGAUCUGUCAAGUUAGCAAGUCUCCCCAAACUCUCUGAGUACGCAAAUUCGAAAGAUUUCCAAUACUAUGAGGAAUCUUUCCAUAAAAUCCAAACAUGGCCAGUUAAGUUGAUGCAGACAACACCUUUCCACGUGCAACAAUCGAAUUUAGCAUCCCAAGAAGACAACACGCUUGAGGAACCGUUGAGAGAUUGCUUGAAGCUUAAAAGUGAUUGUUUUUCGAUUUCGGGGCAGAGGAUACAAUUGCUUAGUUUGAAGAACAUGAAAAAGAGGGCUGAAAACAAAGCUGCAUGGAUA